UGCAUCAGCCGCAGCAGCAGGGGUCCGAGAGGGACCUUCCCUCCGCCGCCUCAUCCGUCAGUCUGCCCUCCGUACGGAAGACGCCUAAAAAACGCCGCAUCUCGCUGCGCUCUCUGUUCCGCCGGCGCUGCGGGGACCCCAAAUCCCGCAAGUCACGUGCACUGACCGCCGGAGGGGACGGCAUCGCCAGUGUGGAGAGCAUGCAGUCGGAAAUGUGCCAGCAGCAGGAUCACGCCUCGGCGCUUUCUGCACCUGGUGUGGCCUCCACCUCAUCUUCAUCUUCCUCAUCCUCAGCCUCCACCUCUGAACUGCUGGAGUGCCCGCUGUGCCUGCUGCGCCACACCAGAGACCGCUUCCCUGACAUCAUGACAUGCCACCACCGCUCUUGUGCCGACUGCCUCCGACAGUAUCUGCGCAUCGAGAUCUCUGAGAGCAGGGUCAACAUCAGCUGCCCAGAGUGCUCAGAGCGCUUCAACCCCCACGACAUCCGCAUGAUACUCAACGACCGUGUGCUCAUGGAGAAAUAUGAGGAGUUCAUGCUGCGUCGCUGGCUGGUGGCCGACCCUGACUGCCGCUGGUGCCCUGCUCCAGACUGCGGGUAUGCAGUCAUUGCCUUCGGUUGUGCCAGCUGUCCAAAGAUUACCUGUGGUCGUGAGGGCUGUGGGACUGAGUUCUGUUACCACUGUAAACAGCUGUGGCACCCAAAUCAGACCUGUGACGCCGCCCGACAGCAGAGAGCUCAGAGUCUCCGGCUGAGACCCUUCAGAUCAUCAUCACUCAGCUACAGCCAGGAGAGCGGCGCUGCUGCCGAUGACAUAAAGCCGUGUCCCCGCUGUGCGGCCUACAUCAUCAAGAUGAACGAUGGGAGCUGUAAUCACAUGACCUGCGCUGUGUGUGGCUGUGAGUUCUGCUGGCUGUGUAUGAAGGAGAUCUCUGACCUGCACUACUUGAGUCCUUCAGGAUGCACGUUCUGGGGUAAGAAGCCUUGGAGCAGGAAGAAGAAAAUCCUGUGGCAGUUGGGCACACUUGUGGGCGCUCCGGUUGGCAUUGCACUGAUUGCUGGCAUUGCCGUACCUGCAAUGAUCAUCGGGAUUCCUGUGUAUGUGGGCAGAAAGAUUCAUAAUCGUUAUGAGGGGAAGGACAUCUCCAAGCACAAGAGAAACCUUGUCAUAGCCGGCGGGGUGACGUUGUCAGUGAUCGUGUCUCCGGUGGUUGCUGCUGUCACUGUCGGUAUAGGAGUGCCCAUCAUGUUGGCGUACGUCUACGGUGUGGUGCCCAUCUCUCUGUGCCGCAGUGGUGGUUGCGGCGUGUCUGCGGGGAAUGGUAAAGGCGUGCGCAUUGAGUUUGAUGACGAGAACGACAUGAACGUGGGCACCGGAGCCGCUGUGACUGACACCACUUCGGUAGCAGAGACCAGGCAUAACCCCAGCAUCGGUGAGGGCAGUGUGGGGGGUCUGACGGGCAGCCUGAGUGCCAGCGGGAGCCACAUGGAGCGUAUUGGAGCAAUGAGAGACAACCUGAGCGAGAACGCCAGCACUAUGGCCCUCGCCGGGGCCAGCAUCACUGGCAGCUUGUCAGGAAGUGCCAUGGUCAACUGCUUUAACAGGUUGGAGGUUCAAGCUGAUGUUCAAAAGGAGCGUUGCAGUCUGAGCGGGGAGUCUGGCACCGUCAGUCUGGGGACAAUCAGUGACAACGCUAGUACCAAAGCAAUGGCUGGAUCCAUUCUCAACGCCUACCUGCCUCUGGACAGCAGGGAUGGGAACAGUAUGGAGGUGCAGGUGGAUGUGGAGUCCAAGCGAGGGAAGCUCAGGCACCACAGCGGCAGCAGCAGUAUGGACGACGGCAGCAGCGGAGGACACGGGGCCGACGUUUGCCCCUCCGGCUGUCCCCACGAGGGCAAAUGUGUUACCUCUCGCUGGGCCAAGGAGCCGUCCUCCACCUCCUCUUCCUCUGGCAAGAAGAGCAAAGGCAAGCUGCGCAAAAAGAGCGGCGGAACCAAGAUCAACGAGACGUGUGAAGACAUGGACGCCCAGCUGCUAGAGCGCCGCAGCACCAACUCCAGCGAGUUAGACUCGCCCUCUCUGAGCGGCAGCCUGCCGUCUGUGGCCGACUCACACUCCAGCCACUUCUCAGAGUUCAGCUGCUCUGACCUGGACGCCUGCAGACCGCCCUGCUACGAGUCUCACGUCCGACAUCCCAACACGGGCGGAGCGGUCAGCCCGCUUCCAGAGGUCGAGAAUGACCGGCUGGAGAACUGUCCCACGUCUGGGACCCUCCCACAAGCUGCGGCCGCCCCUCUGACCCCUGACGGGCCGGCAGAGCGCCCGCUAUGCUACAUUGCAGAGGAGAAUGUGAGUUUAAUAUGUGGGGCUGACGCGGGCCAGAGCUCUCCUAAAGAACGCAAUAACAACCUUCCUCAGCCGACUAGUCCUGUGCGUAACGCCUGCAUUCAAACAGAGAUAUAACCAGAUGGGUUGAGUUGACCCACAUGCUAGCUUUCACAGCUAACCUCAACACCAACUUUAUUACCAAGGAUUGCACACUGAAUUGAAGAUUUUAAAGCUUGUUUCAUGGAGGUUUAAUGUCUUGGUCGGUCGAUUAUUCGAAUGUUAGAGAAGGAACGCCACUAUUUACACUGGUCAAGGGCAGGAUGCGCCUUCAGAAAGCUCGCCGUGACCAAAGGCUACCGUUUGACCGACAGUCGGUCAGUGCAGUACAGUUAGACCGAAGCUCGGAUAAGAUUCAGAAAGGCAACAGAUGAAUGUAAGGCGGGAAGUGAUGCACAGAUACUGAUGGUGAUGUAGCUGUCAAUCACACAUGCCUCAGUGUUCAGGGUCGCUGCGAUCAAGAGCCUGAGGAACGAGUGUGUGGAUGAAACGUGUCCAGCUCAUUUUCAGCCCAAAAUUAGAAGGAACGAAGAGAAAUAUCAUUCCUUGCAGACUGGAAAUGAAGCCUCUGUUUAGGACUAGUUUGAUUUGUGACAAAUUCGUGUAAAUUAAAGGGAUGGUUCACCCAAAAAUGAACAUUCUGUCAUAAUUUACCCUCAUGCCGUUUCAA